GCGGACGCACUGUUGUUUCGCGAUCAUUCCAUUGCAGCAGGGUACUAGCGCUUGUCAACAUGGCGAAGUUGGGAGAAGGUGAUCCUAGGUGGAUUGUAGAGGAAAGAGCAGAUGCAAAAAAUGUUAAUAAUUGGCACUGGUCAGAUAAAGACGCAACCGGCUGGUCUAUAAAUAAGAUAAAAGAGCUAUUGAAAGGUUCUAAGAUUGAAAAUGACUUAUAUUCUUGUAAAAUCACUGAUAUUUCUAAACUUGAUGGGGAGGCUAACGUUUAUGUCCGAAAAGGAAAGUUAAUGUGCUUUUACGAGUGGGAGAUUGUGAUUGACUGGGAGGGAAUAGUAAAAAGUUCGGAAGACAAGGUAAAAAUUGUAGGGAAAGUGGAAGUUAUAAGUCUGAUCGAUGAAUACGGUGUAAAUAAAUGUGAAACCAAUACGAGCUGGACUUCUAGUACUGAUGGUGAUCUAGUCGGGAGUUUUAUGAAGUCAACUGGUGUUGACUUUAUCAAGUCCAAAUUAGAGAAAUACAUCACAUUACUUAAAGAAGGUUAGUAUGUGAAUAAUUUUUUUCGAGUUUAUUGUAACAGAUUAUGCUCAGGGUCUUAUCCUUCCAUCAAAGAAUGGUGCUAACGUGAAUCCUGCUAGUACAACACGGUCUGGCGCGGCUCUAGACAGAACAACCAACAAAGCUUUCCAUACUGCCGAUGGGAUCAAAGAACCUAAAGACCUGUCAAACAGAGAUCUUUCAAUCACAGAUGAAUUUUUCUGCACUCCGGAUGACCUUUACAGAGUUCUCACUACUAAAGAGGUACCUAGCUCCUUAUGUAGUUACAGUAAGAAUCACAUAGGUUGUAGGGUCGCCCCUAUUAGAUAUAUGGGGAAAAUGUCUCAGCUUUCUGUAAAUUUUAAGAUGGCAAAUUUGUUUUUAAAGCAAAUAGUAUUGUUAACAGGACAUUCUGCGCUGCGUGCUUAGUUUAAGCUCAAAUUUGAAUUCUCUGAUUGAUCCAAUCUUAAUCAUUAUCACUCGUAGCUGGACCGGAGAGAUACUAGAAGCUUCUGUGAAAAUUAUUCUUUAUACAGCUGUUUCUUGGGAUUUACCCUGUUGCUACCCCAAUGCUCUUUUUGUCAAGGAAUAUCGGACAAGGGGAACAUAACAAGUUUUGAAUUCACUGAUAAUGAAUAUCUUAAUUUAACCAUAUGAUCUGAAUUUGUAAAGUAGUUUUCAUACUUACAAUUCUGGAAACACCCAUAUUUCCACGCAUUUGAAAAUUUGCAGUUUGCAAUGUAUAAGUAAGUAAUUCAAUAGUUCUGGCAGUAGCUUAAUUUUUCUUUCAUGUGCUUCGGGAAAGUAGUUAAACACAACUUAAAUUUUCAAACUUACUCCUGCUAACCAUUUAAAAACGUUGGUGCGACUCGUUAUUUGUAACCAGUUAAUCCAGGCACCAAGGCUCUCAUUUAUAUUCAAAUUCUUGGGAUUAAAUGCGCAUCAUUGGAUUGAAGAACACCGAAAUUGGCUGUUUCAACAUCUUUUCAAACCAUAGUAGUAUAAUUGCUCACACAAAACCCGUUGUAUAGUGUUUCAUUUUAUUUUAAGAACGUAGAAUAAAAAGCCAAUCUUAUAAUAAAUCUCCCUCAAGAUGUAUAUUCAAUAAACGAGGCAUUUUGCGUCUAGCUCUAGUAAGAGGCCACGAGUAUGUUGAUCUAAAUUAUGCUCCAUAAUAUUCCGUGAAUUUUGUGUGAUAUUAAGUCAUAUAUAAUACUCCUCCAGAAGUGUUAUGGUAGUAUUUGCGAAAUAUUUUAAAGAAGCAAUAUCCAUGACUUGAUCGUAAUGUUGAAAUAGUUGUACCCGGCUUGCGAAAAUAACAGAAUUUGAUGCCAGACUUUGGAGCUAUGGUAGUACAUAUUGAUGUAUGUGCCAUGUUCUACGUUGCGUUUGACUCACUGACCAAUGUAUGAUCACAUUACAAUGUGAAUUGUUUAUGAAAUGAUACUCGUGUUGGGAUACCAUAUCACACACAUUUCGCUAGUUACUUUCAGUUUGUAUUGGGUUACCUUUAAUAAAUUACUAAAUAAAUAUCAUAUAGUUUAAGUACGAAUGCGCUCUUUCUAAUUUUAGUUAGUUAAAGCUUUUACACGAUCUGAGGCCACUGUGGAUCCAGUUGUCGGUGGAGCAUAUUCCAUCUUCAGUGGAAACAUUACAGGAAUCUUCGACUUGCUAGAUCCUGGUAAAAGCAUUCAAAUGAGGUGGCGUAAACGCGAUUGGCCUGAGAACCACUACAGCUCACUGACUUUGGAAAUGAAUGCUUUUGAAGGCGGAACGCGCCUUUUUUUAGCACAGAAAAAUGUUCCUGCCUAUGACUUGGAAAAUACCCGCGAUGGAUGGCUCACUAUUUUCCUUGCUGCACUGAAACAAACUUACGGAUAUGGUGGACGUAUGUUUUAAGAGCUUUACCAAAAUGACUUCAAAAACGGGAUGUCUGCUAUGUAAUAAUGAUAACAUCUGCUUUUACAUUGUAAGCGGUUAACAGCCUAAUAUAAUAUUUUGUGAUA